AUGUGGUGGUUGGACCCCGGAAAAGAAGUCCUGAAUGUGUUGUUCAAUAGGAUACUCGCCCCGUAUGUUGAGAACCUUGAUAUGAACCAAGUAAACUAUGGCAUUGGGCAAGGUCAAUUAACCCUACGCAACUUGCGCCUCAAGAAGGGCGCAUUGGAUAAAUUCAGACUCCCAGUUGAUGUUCUCGAAGGCCACCUCGGGACAUUCACGCUGUCUCUCCAUUGGAUGAACCUCGGCAACCUGCCUGUCGAGAUAUUGAUUGAAGAUGUGUAUCUACUUGUAGUACCAUCUCCACAAGCAAACGUCGAUCCGGAGGAGGAAAGACAGCGAGCACAGGCCGCCAAACUUGAGCGGUUGGAAAAUGCAGAACUUUUGCAUAUGCGUGGUGUGGGAGUCUCCUUAGAGGAAUCUCCGCAGUCGCAGGGUCUUUGGGCUUCAUUAACAGCUAAAAUAAUCAACAACCUGCAGGUGACCGUGAAGAACAUUCACGUACGGUACGAAGACAAUCUGAGCGUUCCUGGCCAUCCUUUUGCCACGGGCAUCACGUUGGCGGGUUUCACAGCGGUGUCGGUCGACGAAGAAUGGCAACCGGCUUUCAUAGAAAGCACCGCCGGUGCAAUACACAAGUUGGCCAGGUUGGAAUCACUGGCAGUGUAUUUUGAUACAGACUCGCAAAGUAUGGCAGGGCUGCCCCUGUCUGCGGCCAAAGAGAAGUUUAUUGCCAUGAUAUCACAAAAGGAUCACCAGUCAUCCCAUCAAUUCAUUCUCAGCCCGGUAUCGGGUGAGGGAAGAAUUGUUAUGAAUCACAAACUGGAUAAGAACACACCACACUUCGACGUACAACUGCUGUUUGAUGAAAUCGGUGUCGCCUUAGAUGACAACCAAUAUCGAGAUGCCAUAUCUUUGGCUGAUAUGUAUCACGUCUAUAUCCGUCAGCAUCAGUACAGAAAACUUCGUCCAAGCGACGAGGAGUUCAAAGCGAACCGAGCAAGGGCAUUGCUACGCUUUGCUGCCCGAGCGAUUUUGGAUGGUGUGCACGACCGACGUCGUAAAUGGACUUGGGCAUACUUUGCGGAACGUCGAGACGACCGUAACAAAUAUGUCGAGUUAUUCGAGAAAAAGACAGUGAAUUCAUUGCGCGAAUCUGAUACUGUGUUGCUCAAUGCGUUGGAAUGUAAGUUGUCAUACGAGGACAUCCGCUUCUACAGGUCGAUUGCACGUUCCCGUCUGCGAAAAGACAUGGAGCUAAGGAAAAGGCUUGAGGAAGACCGCGCUACGCAACAGCAACAACAUUCUAGUGGUUGGAUGUCCUGGCUCUGGGGGUCCCAGGCAGAUCAGCCGAAAGACGACCCUGCUUUUGGGGGUGAAAUGACAGAGGAGCAACGAAGGCAGCUCUAUGAUGUGCUUGAUUACGACGAGAAAUCCGCCAUUGUCGAUUCGUUCGAGGCGCCCCGGGAUGCCCUCAAAGCUCGCGUGGUUGCGGAACUCAAAAGGGGGUCAUUUGCACUGAAGGUUGAUCCGAGCGGGAAAGCUACCGAGGUUAUCUCCACGGUUUUCGACUCGUUUCGUGCCGAAGUCAUCCAAAGACCGGAUAAUUUUGAGGCAUCUGUAUCUUUGAGAGGAUUUAGUGUUUUUGAUGGGACGACCAAGAACACGCUGUAUCGACAGAUAGUUCGAGUCAAGACCCCGGUAGCAGAAGGUGCCGAGGCUAUUGAGCACGGGGAAACUGAAGACCCGUUCUUCUUCGUGAAGUUUGAGAGCAAUCCUCUCGACGAGCGCGCCGAUACUGCGCUCACAGCCCGCAUGCGUCACAUGGAAAUAAUUUACCACAGGGGGUAUGUCGAAGCCAUUUUCAAGUUCUUUCGCCCACCCGAGAGCCAGUUGGAAUCAGUCGAAGCCUUAUUAAAUGUAGCAAGCCAGACACUGGAGGGCUUACGAAAGGAAACUCGGGCUGGUUUAGACGUUACCACACACCAAUGCAGUCAUCUCGUUAUCGAUGCUGGUCACAUAGCUGUCGAGAGCGACUUGGCCGAUAAAGGUGCUCUGCGAGAGAUAAAUGCAAAGCGAAACAAGCAGUACAACGAGGAUGACUACAAGAGAUUAGAGUCCCUAAUGUAUGAUAAGAUGUUGCUCAAGCUCCAGGCAGCUCAGUUUGUCUUAGGCAACGACCUGCAAGCUUGUCGUGAUGCUCUCACUUCUGAGAAGAGCGACACUCUCCAUCUACUGGAACGCAUAAACAUCAAUUUACUGGUGCAGAACUCCAUUGUACCAUCUGCUGUCAAUCUCGCUCGAUUCAAAAUUUCCGGAAAAUUGCCAAGUCUUCAAGUGAACAUCUCCGACGCCAAGUACAAGUCUUUAAUGCGCAUUAUAGAUGUUGCGAUCCCAAACUUCGAUGAGGGUGGCGACCAGAAGCCCCAGAUGCACAUCGACACUCCACCGCUCGUGUUGCCUUUGUCAACUGGUCUGUUUGGACCUGUUGGCACAGAAUACAAUGUAGAUGAUCAUGAUGGGGUCGACAGCGAAGCUGCAUCGUCACACAGAGAUGAUCUGUUCUUUGAAGCAAGCGAUGGUUCGCUCGAGGUAGAUCAUAUUCAUGCUCCACCUCCCGUAUUUUUACCUAUUUUACAGCAUCCUGAAAUCCGACAACAUAUCUUUGAGCUUGAUUUUGAGGUUGACACCCUUCGUGGGGCUAUCUCGAAGUCUAGUAGUAACGGCAGUGAGAAACCACUUGGGGAAGUCAUCUUCCAGCAGUUCCGACUCACGUUCUCGCUUCUCAAAUUCAAUAUGAAUGUGGACAUUAAUUUGAGAUCACUGGCAAUGAACGUCGUGCAAGCUGCUGGAGAUCCCAUUCAGCUGAUGUCUUCAGAAAGCACGGGUUCGGUCAUUAAAGAUCUCAUGAAGAUAUCGUACAAACGGGUCCAGAAGAAUUCACCCGAAUUUGCAACCGUCUACGAAAGCAUCGACCAAAGUGUUGAUGUCCAACUAUCUACGUUCAUAUUCCACGCUGCACCAGAACCGGUCGUGUCACUUUACGAUUUUAUCAUGACAACGUUUGUUCCUCAAAGCCCAGAGCAACCCGCGAGCACAACUCCAAGUGCAAUCGUUAUCUCAGACGGAGAGUUAGCUCCGCCUGCUGGCGACACGGGAACCAUCAGAGUAUCUGUCAGACUUGAUAGUGUACAAGUCAUGCUUCUCAACGACGUCAAUAGCUUGGCUACUCUCUCUUUAUCUACAGCAGACGUUCAGUUACUCCUCCGGGCGAACACCAUGGGAAUUACCGGCCGCUUAGGAAGCCUUGCGUUAAGUGACGAUCGCUCAAAGGAACUUGCCAGGCCGCAAUUUAAACAAAUCUUGUCGAUCGAAGGCAAAAACUUUGCGGAAUUCCGUUAUCAAACUCUUGAUCCCGCAGAAACCUCGACCUUGGGCUUUAACUCGACUUUUUCUCUGAAUGUCGGCUCUCUGAAGGUCCACUUUUUGGAGCAGCCUCUGCACGACAUUUAUCUCUUCGUCACCAAGCUAGCAAAACUCAAGGUUCUUUAUGAUGCUGCCCGUGACGCUGCAGUCCAGAGAGCUUCAGAGAUUGAGAGAAUGCAAUUUGACGUCUCCGUCAAGACACCAAUCAUCGUUUUCCCUUCGGAUCCUAGCCGUUUGCAAGAUGUCUUGGUCAUGCGACUGGGAGAGAUUAGCGCUCGUAAUUCACACGAGGCUGAUGCUAGUAAAAUCACCGCCAGUUUAUGUGGUAUCCAGCUGGUGUCCGACAUCUCUUAUGAUGGAACAUCAUCUACGCUCAAAAUGGUUGAUGACAUUGAUAUCAUUGCGGAUGUGAUUCAAACUAGCGGAAUCGAUCGAUCGCAGGAGAGUGAACUUCCAGACACCCAGAUUGCAGUGAAGAUAUCUGAUGUCAAGCUGUACUUGACACAGACUCAAUACAUUCUUCUCAUGAAGCUCGUGCAGUCCAUACCCAAGGUUUUGGUCGCUUCACCGGAAGGAAAUGCCCAGGCACUGGAGUUAGCAUCGCCCGUGAGUAGCAGCGACAGCAGCGGUGCUACCAGCCAUCAUGUAGUGGACCUCGAGCCCGAACUCCACGUAGCUGACGGAAUCCGCGCGUGGACGACCGUAGAUCUGGUCGCUUCUGUCAAGACGGUGAAGUUACAUUUAUACGAUAGUUUGGCGACCCGUGAAGAAAAUCUCGAAGAUCAUGGCAUAGCGCGCUUUGCCCUCAACGAUAGCAGCUUGCGUUACAAAUCAAUAUCUGAUGGUGCUGCGGAGGCUCAAGUUGUGCUGAAGUCAUUCACAAUGAGCAAUACCCGCCCAGGAGGGUCCAAGUUCCGUGAAAUUAUACCUGCGGCGGAUCAUGACCGUAACCAAUUCAUGGUUCUCUACACGAUGUCUGGCAGCUCUUCAGUGGCCAUUCUGACUGUGGAUUCACCGCACGUUAUUCUGGCUAUUGAGCCCGUCAUUGCAUUAUUGGAGUUCUUCACGAGCGCGUUUCAGCAGGACGUCCCGGUCGACAUUGACCACGCAUCCGCGGCUGAGUCUCAGCGCGAGUCACCGCAGUCUCGACUUGAUUUCCGACUUGAUCUGCACGAUGUUUCGAUCAGUGUACUCGAGAAUGAUGAAGACGCGAACUCCCAGGCUCUCAGGUUGUACAUUGACCAAAUUCUGCUGUCGCAACAAGGGAUUAUUGCGUUGACUAUCAAUCGACUCGGAAUGUCGCUUAUCCGCAUGGGCGCGGAUGCCGACACUGUACGCUUCUUGGAUGAUGUUGAUCUGACCUUUUCAAUAGAUAGUCGAUCAUCAACACGAGAACAGAUGUCGAGCAUGGAACUUGCUGCCAAACCCAUUGUGUUCCGAGCCUCCUACCGAGAUAUCAUGCUGAUCACCACCAUCGCUAGCAAAGCAGUGGACCUUUAUGGCAAAUCUGAAAACAACUCUUCCAUGACCAACACCGCUAGCAUGAAGGCCGCACAACCAUACGAGGGGCCUAGCCAAGCAUCACAGUCUAAUGCCACAAGAAGCCAUAGACAUACUAUCGGGGAAGCCCGUGUUUUGGUAUCGAAAGAACAGCUAAAAGCAUCGUUUGAUGGAUUCCGUCUGAUUCUCAUAGGCGACAUGCAUGAGCAGCCCAUGCUUCACCUGAAGGUCAAACCAUUUAUCGUUGGUGCUCGGGAUUGGUCUGCAGAUCUUCGCGCCACUGCUACCCUUGCGACCCAAAUCAGCUACUGGAAUUUAUCAAAUUCACAUUGGGAACCUUUAAUCGACCCAUGGACCUUCACUCUCGCGGUUGGCCGAGAUCAACGCUCGAGUGAAUUCAAGGUGUCGGUGUCAGCGCAAGAACGUUUAGACCUCAACGUCAGUACUACUUUUGUGGAGCUUGCUGUCACUUCUGCCAAUAUGUGGGGUAAGGAAGGACAAGUCUUGCUACAGAAGGCCCGUGGGAGCUUUGCACCAUACCGUAUCAGGAACCGCACUGGAUCCCCUCUCUUUGUGUGGUCUGACGACGAUGCCAGUCGCGACUCAAAGGAUGCCAGUGCAAUCAAAAUUGCAAAUGAUCAAACUGUAGACUGGAGGUUUGAUGACUGGAAGACAAUGCGCGAGGCAAGUAAAAUUCAUGUUUCAAUCUCCGAACAACACAACAUUGGCAUACAGAUUGUUGGCAAGCCAUGGGAAGCGCUGAGAGGUAUACCAGUGGACAGAGAAGGAGAAUUUACGUUCUCCCUACGCCCUCGAAUGGAGAAAUACGCUGAUCGCCUGUUGUGCGCUGUAUCGGUUGAAGACAACGUAAAAAUCGUGACGCUCCGUUCCACGUAUCUGGUUGAGAAUCAGACCUUCUAUCCACUAGAACUUAUGCUGGUAGAUCACACGGGACAUCCAGUUUACUCGUUAGAAAAGAUAGCCCCUGGCCAGGAUUACGCUCUGCCCAUAGAAGCAGUAACCCAGAACAGGAUCCGGCUGCAGCCAGAUCAAGGGUUUGGGUAUAGAUGGUGCUCCUCCAUACGCUUUGAGGACCUUAUUGCCAAGAAGAGUCUCACAAUAAGUUGCCUUCACAAUGACCAGCGAGAAGCUCCCUUCCGAUUUCAAGCGUGGGCACAAAGUGACUCGAACGAGCCUGGAACACGGAAACCACCAAAAAUUAAACUCAAACUCCGCGCGCCAAUCGAGCUUGAGAACCUACUGCCUUACAAUAUCCAGUAUCGAAUAUAUGACAAGGACGCUGAUCAAAACUGGAAGAGCUACCUCAGAAAGGGUGGCGUCAUGCCUGUGCAUUCUGUGGAACUAGGUCAUUUGAUCCUAUUGAAUGCUGAAGUCCAGGAUACGAUUUUCAAGCCCAGCGACUUCGCCAUCAUCAACACUGACCGGAAUUCGGACUUUGAAGUAGAGUCUCGUUUAAGUCUGCGGGACCAGAGUAAUCGCAAACUUGAUCUACGCUUAAACUACGUACGCUAUCCUGAGUCCGGUGGUGCCUUCAAAGUGCAGAUAUAUUGCCCGUAUCUCGUCGUUAACAAGACCGGGUUACCUUUGAGUGUGAAGGCUGCACGCUCUCAUCGAGCGACAUCCCCUGUUGAGAUUGCCGCUGAUAGUAGACUCGAUGUCAUUUCCAAGCCAGUUCCAUUCUUGUUAUCACACCCCAAUGACAACGGUCAAGCAUUUGUGUUCAAAGUCGGUGAAUCUGGCUGGUCUAAGGUCUUCAGUCUGGAGGCCCCUUCUGCGGAAACUGAGAUGGUUAUGCCGUCCUCAAGGCAAAAAUCGGAGGAGUUUCACAUUGGAUUGUCAUGGACUGAGGGGUUGGGGAAAUAUAAACUUACCAAGGUUAUAACCCUCGCCCCAAGGUUCCUCAUCAAGAACAACCUGCCUGAUACCAUAUGCUUCCGCGAGCAUGGCGCACCGCCCAGAGGACGCGCAAUGCUUGACCCGGGUGAAUGUUGUCCAAUGCAGAUCAUGCGUGUCAGCCGCGAAAAAAUGCUCACCAUUGCGUACCCUGGACUCAAUUCUCAGUGGUCUGCACCCAUAAACAUUGAAGACAUAGGUUCUGUUCACCUUCGCGUUCGACUCUCAGACGGCGACAUGCGUGUAGUGAAGGCUGACGCCAUGAUUGAUGGAUCCACGAUAUUCGUAAUACUGUCUGCUAUGGAAAAAUGGCCCUUCGUUAUAGAGAACGACAGCGAUUUCUCUGUCUCCAUGAUACAAUGGGAUCCCAAACGUGGAGAUGCUGACGCAGUGAAAUCGUCGACCCCACGAUACAAGUUAGCGCCUCGCUCAAGCAUGCCAUAUGCCUGGGACCAGCCUGCUGCCAGGGAAAAGAAGAUCGCGCUUACGAUAAACGAUGCUUCCCGCGUUGUGGACAUCAUGGAAAUCGGUGUUCUCGUGCCAUUCAAGUUCUAUGAUCGCAAAAGGACCCGUGCUGUUUCGUUGGAUGUAAGAGCAGAUGGACACCAACAGAUAUUACGCAUCACACCAUAUGUUGCUGAGAAUAGCCUCUACAAGCCAAAACUCCACAGUUCGGGCUCCCUGUCACGGUCUGACACCAUGACCAGCAGCUCAGAAGGUUUUGAAGCGAUCAUGGAAGACGUCUCUCCGACAUUGUCAUUCAACGUGGAGUUUGCAGGAAUAGCAAUAUCGUUGGUUAACCGCAAGAUGGUCGAAGUUGUUUAUACAUCCAUCGAGUCUUUGAAGUUCGAGUACAGCAACAGCCCUGUUGCACAGUCUUUGAACCUGUCCUGUGGCUCACUACAGAUAGACAACCAGCUGCACGAUGCGCUGUACCCAGUCAUUCUCCAGCCUAGUCCAAUAUCCAAGGAGGCUAGUGGUGUUGCAGCUCUCCCGACAAUACAGGGUUCAGUGAUUUGGCUCAAAGACCAAGAACACGGCGUCUUAUUCGUCAAGUAUUGUUCUAUCCUCCUCCAGGCGUUGACCAUUGAAGCAGACGAAGAUCUACUUUUCGCCCUAUAUGAUCUUACACAAAUCCAGGGCGUCUCAUGGCAAGAGAACGCUGAGGAUGUUUUGAUACAGCAUCCAGAAGAAAUACCAGAACCUCAUAUUUGUGCCGCCGGACAAGUUGUCUACUUUGAAGUUUUGGAACUUCAACCAAUACAACUGUCUCUCUCAUUCAUGCGCACAGAAAGAGUUAGCAGUGAGGAAAAGCUCAGCAUUCGCAACCCUCUAGCUGUUGUCGUCAAUGCAUUGACAAUGACCUUGGGUAACAUUAAUGACGCACCGUUGGAGCUGAACGCACUGGCCAUCAAAGACAUGCGACUGACGAUACCUGAACUGCAAGCUAGAAUCACUUACCAUUACCGUCAGGAUGUUCUUCGUCAGCUUUACCGCAUUCUCGGAUCAGCCGAUUUUAUUGGAAAUCCUGUUGGGCUUUUCACGAACGUCAGCUCUGGCGUGUCAGAUAUUUUCUAUGCCCCAUACAACGGGGUUGUUAUGCAUGGUAACAGGGAGCUAGGGAUUGGAAUUGCCAAGGGUGCCGCUAGCUUUGUGAAGAAAACAGUGUUUGGGUUAUCAGAUAGUAUGACCAAGUUCACCAGCAGUGUUGGCAAAGGGUUAUCUGCAGCAACCUUUGAUUCUGAGUAUCAGGCUCAACGUAGAAUGAGUCAGCGGCGCAAUCGCCCACGCCAUGCUAUCUACGGAGUUGCGGCAGGGGGCGAAGCCUUUGCCAGUAGCGUUGUUAGCGCAAUGGAAGGGAUCGUUACAAAACCUUUACAAGGCGCCGAAACAGAAGGUGCACUCGGCUUCUUUAAGGGCGUUGGAAAAGGCCUUGUGGGCGUUGUUACCAAACCGGCCGUUGGGGUGUUUGACCUCGCAUCCAACUUAUCCGAAGGGAUCCGAAAUACAACAACUGUAUUUGACAAACCAGAGCGAGAUCGCGUUCGUCUGCCAAGACAUGUCCCAUCGGAUGGCAUUUUGCCGUUCUCUGCUCGUGAAGCCUUGGGUCAGUAUUGGAUGAAUGAUCUCGACAAUGGCGCAUAUCGCAAAGAGGCCUACGUUGCACACAUAGAUUCUCCCGGUAGUGACAACGUCAUAUUACUGACUUCGACACGAGUUCUUUCCUUUUGGUCGAAAAAGCUCCGCCUUGAUUGGGAUCUCCCCCUGGCCAUGGUGCAGGGUAUUGCAGUGGAAGACACUGGCAUCCGCUUCACUCACAAAUCUGGAAAAGACCAUGACAAAUUCGUAUUCAUACCGGAUAAAACAUCUCAAGCUUGGUUCUUUGGCCAAAUCGCUUCUGUAGUCAAAGCCUUCAACAAUCGUCGUAGAAUGGACUCAUGA